UGGUUUCUCCAACUCUCAAAGAGAACCCCAUCCUCCACAAAGAGUCUUAUUUCAUCGUGAACAAGAGCUUAAAGAAGAGCCCGAGGGGGGAAAGAUUAAGAGGAAAAUCGUUCGUAGAGAAUAGUUAGAGACGAACAAUUCUAUUCAUCAUGACAACGAGGUACGUGGUAAUGCUGCUGGCGGUAAUUGGUACUUGUUACACGGCGCGACUUGAUAAUACGUAUUUACCUCCUGGAAGAGCAGCAGGAGCUGGUGGUGCCGGACUGAUUCCAGGCCCAAGACCCAGUCCAGGUGGUGGUAUUCCAGGGAGACAACCUGGAGGUGGAGGCUUUGGAGGUGAUAAUGAGGCUGUCAGUGGUUCCUAUUCAUACACUGGGCCUGAUGGCCAGCAAUACACGAUUACCUACACAGCUGAUGCAGAUGGUUUCCAUGCCCAAGGGGCCCACAUCCCGACACCACCACCGAUUCCUCCAGAGAUUCAGAGAGGAGUUGAACUUUCGCUUGCUGCUGAGGCCAGAGGCGAGAAUCAGGACGGUGGAGCUGGACAGAGAGGAACAGGGGGUGGAUAUGGUGGAGCUGGACAGAGGGGACCAGGGGGUGGAUAUGGUGGAGCUGGACAGAGGGGACCAGGAGGUGGAUAUGGUGGAGGUCAGGGAAGUAGAGGAACUGGUGGCGGUGGUGGUGGUGGUGGUGCUGGUGGUUCGCUGUACCAAGGGCCAAACUCCUAUCAAACAAGUGGGAAUGCUGGCUACCAAUACUAGGCCAGGAGAAAUUAAGUCAUUGACAUUUUCAUGAAGCCAGACCCUGUUCUCAUUCCUUCGUUGUAUUUUUUUUAUGUACUAUUACUCAAUGGCCGACAGACUUGUGUACAUAAACGAUAUAUGCUCUGUACAUCUUACUUCAUGUAAUUGUAAGGGUGAUGACAAAUUUAUUGACAUUGGCCCUCUUUGUCGCUUGUGAUUAUUUUUUUUUACUUUAAUAAAAUGUUUUGUAGAGAAAAGAUAGAGAGAUUAUUCUUGACACUUGUAUAUUUUGUUACAUCGAUAAAUUAAAUGUUUAUCCAACAGUUGGAAUAUAUUUGCACACAAUAAAAAUAAAAAUAAUUAAAUUGGUAAUCAGUAAUUGGGGCAUUAUUAUGCGUAGAUAAUUUGACCGUGUAACCAUUCCCAUUUGUAGGCUAUUUUAUUCGUUGAAUAUACAGAUAAAAAAUAUUUAAUGGUUGAACUUAUUUAAUAACACAGUGCAUUGAAUAUUGACCAGCUCGUUUAUCAUCCUCGAUGUAGAUUUUACGAUUGUUUUAUACGUUCUACUAUUCCAAGAACGGUAUGACUACAAAUAAUUAGAAAAAUAAAUACUUUAAGGAUUAAUACCUUGAGACAACUACGCUCUUUAACAUUCUGUUAUAAUAUACGUAGGUCAUGGGGAUUUGUACAAAUACUCAUGCCCCCAUAAAUAUAGACAUCAAAUGUAUAUCCUCUUAUGUAUUGCAACGAUUACAUACAAAGCUGCAUAUCGCAGUGGAACAAUAGAGUACAUAUGUUAAAAAAAUAACUUGCACUUUCAGAUUUUUUCCUGCCGUAAUUAAAGCGAAUGCGAGCGUAAAAUCCGCGAUUUUAAUAAUUUUUUGGUAGAACCAGAGAAACAACGAACCAUCACAGUUAAUUUAUCGUUUUCUAUUGUUUUUUCAUAAAAAAACGGACGAGAGAGUUUUUAUUGAACGCUAUAAGGAUAUUUAAUUGACAAAAUUGGCGUAUUGGAUUUAAAA